CUGGUUUUCGCAAGGAGGCUCCAUCAACCUCUCAUAUAUAGGGAGAGGGAGAGACAGCACAGGGUCAAGCCAACAACAAAGAACAGCUUGAGUUGAGAGAAGGCUCGGCCACCUAAUUAAUGUCAUUGCCAUCCCCCGACCUUUCUUUUCCUCUCCUUUUGUGUGUCAACUCUGAAGGAGAACACUGAACACCCUCACCUGAGACUCGUGUUAUGCCACUGCUCUCGCCCGCCUUCCAUUUGUUGAACCUCUUUGCGACACAGAUUGGUGGGUUUGGCCAAGUGCUUAUUUGUUGGGCUAUAUGAGAGUUCUACUCACCAGAGGGGGCAACGCAGCUCUACUCCAACACCUCCAUCGCCCGGCUUCGGUGCGCCUCGGACCCGCGACGGUCGCAACGGUGCCGAAACGAAGCUGCCAUUGGCAGCGGGACAUGUGCCGGAGGUGUUACUCUUCCGAAGAUUAUUGUGUUGAGGACAAUGAUGCCGGAAGGAAGGAGAGCGUGGUGGUGGUCAUGGGCGCCACGGGGACGGGGAAGUCGAAGCUGUCGAUCGACCUGGCAACCGAGUUCUCCGGGGAGGUGGUAAACUCGGAUAAGAUUCAGGUGUACCGGGGACUCGACAUCACCACCAACAAGAUGCCGGUCGCGGAUCGCUGCGGCGUGCCGCACCAUUUGCUGGGGGAUCUCGACCCAGCCGCGGGAGAGCUCCCGCCGGCGGCGUUCCGGGAAAUGGUGGCCCGCGCAAUCUCCGGGAUAACCGGCCGAGGCCGAUUGCCGGUGGUGGCCGGUGGGUCCAACUCCUUCAUAUACGCCGCCAUGGCCGGCAGCUACGACCCCGGGCGGAGCCCAUUCGCCGGUGGCUGGAAGGCGGGGAGGAGGAGGGAAGGGAGGCUGCGGUAUCGGUGCUGCUUCCUUUGGGUGGACGUGGAGGCUGCGACGCUGGCGGAGCAACUCGAUCGGCGGGUGGAGGAGAUGGUGGCGGCGGGGAUGGUGGAGGAGUUGGGCCGGUAUUUCGAGGCGGAUGAGGAAGCGGGGAAGUUGAGGCACCCGGGGCUGGCAAAGGCGAUCGGGUUGGCGGAGUUCCAGGAGUACUUCCUGGGAGAGCGGCGGGGGACGGCGCCAGCGUAUGAGGCUGCAGUGGUGGCCAUCAAGGCGAACACGCGGCGGCUGGCGGAGGAGCAGGUGUGGAAGAUCGAGCGGCUGGAGCAGAUGGGAUGGCCGCUGCGGAGGCUGGACGCCACCGCGGUGGUGGCUGCGCGACUGGCCAGGGAGGCAGCGGAGGCUGAGGCGGCGUGGGAGAGGGACGUGGCGGGGCCCGGCGCCGCGGCGGUGGAGCAGUUCCUGAAGGAAAAGUCGGAGGGGCACCUGCAUCACCACAUCGUCCCUUCUCCUCUAAUUUAUGCUUAGCUUUUGUUCAUAAUAAGAGCGGAAGAAAAAAUUGGUAAAGAAGGAAACAGUAAAAGCAAAGUGUCCGAAACUCUUUUCUUUCUUUUUCUUGAUAUGUUUAAUAUGUCCAAAAUCUAAAA